AGGUUAUUUGACUUUACCUCAUCGUCGUUCGAGCAGUGCUUUGCGUUGUCUGAAAGACUAAUUGUUUUAAGAUGAAGGUCGCGUCUAUUCUACUCCUAUGCCUUACGGUACACACCCACGGGAUAUUAGGCUCAACUGACUCAUGCGUCGGCAGGUGCAAUACAAGCCCCGAUGCGUCAAAGGAUUGCCAGUGCAACACUGUUUGUGGUAACUAUGGAGACUGUUGCACAGACUACUCCUCCGUGUGCCUAGGUGGCGAAUAUUCAUGCCAGUCGAGAUGCGGGGAAUCCUACAAUAGCAACAAUCCGUGCCAUUGCAACGAUUUAUGCCAGCAGUACGGGAACUGUUGCACGGACUACGACGAUUUAUGUUCAGGUGACGAAUACUCUUGCCAGUCGAGAUGCGGGGAACAGUACGAUCAGAACAAUCUAUGCCAUUGCAACGAUUUAUGCCAGCAGUACGGGAACUGUUGCACGGACUACGACAAUUUAUGUUCAGGAGGAGGAGUAGGUGAUCUUUCGUCUUUAACUGAAGCAUUAUGGGAAGCUGAUGUCAAUCGUAUUAGCGGCUCAGACUUGAUCGUCGAUAAGCAAAGCUUCGUCAGCAGUGUGCCGGACCGAAAUGACUUAUCAUCCCAGCCUCUCUUCACCUACGUGAACCAGGCAAGUAUCUCCACCGGAACCUGGCCGACGUUCAGGGCUCUUCUUGAUAACUACCAACGUCUCACUGGUACCUUAGAUGUCAACUCAGCUUGGGAGAGUCAAGAGGUCCAAAGCUUCCUUGACGAGGUAUUGGGAACCCAGGUGAUGGACCUAACAUACGAUUACCUGCAAGGAAAGGGCUACGUUUCCUCAGUAUCUGAUUUCAGAGCAAAACUUGAGAAGAUGUGGUUUGAGCCCUACACCCGUUCUGGUGGCACCCUUGACACCUCCGGUUUCGAGCACGUGUUCGUUGGCGAGGUCAAGAAUGGUAAAGUCAGUGGCUAUCAUAAUUGGAUGGCAUUCUACGAGGACGAACUGGAAGGAACAGUCAACUACUACGGCUACACCAGCGAGAACAUGCCAAACCAAAUCCUGAUGCAGUUUCGCCUUGAUGCGGACAAUGGUUCCGCGUAUUACAAGGAACUCUCUUCCAUCCUCUACGGGGCAAGUCCGGAGUUCGAACUCGCAAUCUUCACCGUUUGCUUCAUGGAGAAUCGCAACACUCUAAGUACCUUCACCAUCGAUGGCGGUAAGGUACAGCAAGUGCAGACGUGGGACUACAAUGGCCAAGAUUACAUAGGAUCCGCCUACUUCAGUGUCUAAUAGGGAUCAUAUGGAUCAAAAUAAUUCUGCACACCAUUUACUUUGCGCAUAGUGUAUACCUUCAUGUCUUGGGUAAAAUGUAAACUGUUUAAUCAUAAUGCAUCAUGAACAUGAUCAUAGUGAGAGGAUAACAUGUGCGUCUAAACAGAAAUACAGAAUUACCUAAAAUAAAAUUUAUCAACUCAAAAUUUAACAGAAGUAUUUUUUCGAGGUACAAUUAUUAUCAUUAUUUUCAUUAUUAUUAUUAUCAUCAUCAUUAUUGUUGUUAUCAUAAUUAUCCUGUAACGAACUAAUAGCUUAUAUUAGAUAGAGUUUAUUAUCCGGCUUGCAUCGAAUAUGUAUAUCAAGUUAAUGUUCAAUAGAAAGAGAGAUACAUGUCAUGAUAUAACAUAUGCCUACAACUGAAAUGAAAUUAAACAAAAACAAUGCA